UUAAAAGAUGUAAAUACCAUUAAACCCUAAACCCUUAGCUUCUCUUUCACGAUCAGUCGAAUCACCGGCCUGGCCUUGUUGUCUCCGUCUCAAAUACUUCAUCUCUGCCACGUAAAAGAGCAUUCCUCGAGUUCUCCUCGAUAAUUGUUCUGACUGCAAUGGCAACACAAAGCAACAAAGAGGUUUUCUUAGGUGGAUUUAAGAAACUCUUGAAUGAAAAAUGGCAAGCCGAUGUACGCCUCAAGGCAGGAGACAGUGAUGAGAGUGCAUCCAUCUUUGCCCACAAGCUUGUCUUGGUAGCAAGAUCAGAGGUGUUUAAGAACAUAUUGGAAUCAGACGAGUUCAAGGCUUCAGCUAAGCUGGUUGAGACAGUCACUCUCUCGGAGAUGAAACACGAAGAAGUAGAGGCUUUAGUGGAGUUCAUCUAUAGCGUUGAUGGCUCCAUUUGUUCUGCUAGUGUCAAGAAACAUGCUCGGUCACUCUUUCUUGCAGCCGACAAAUAUGAGAUUCCGCUUCUAAGAGACCUAUGCAGAAACGAGCUUAUAUCAUCUUUGAAUUCGUCGAAUGCUCUUAGCAUCCUGGAGCUCGCCCAAAUCCCUUUUGACAAAGCCCUCAAUGAUGCCGCUUUCACUACUAUUUUAACCAAUAUGAAUACCAUUGCUAGUUGUGAUGAGUUCAAGCUGUUUGUCGUCAAUCACCCAAAUCUUGCCGUGGAGAUAAUGAAGGCUUAUGUAACUCGUGCAAGUAUAACAAAAAAAUGUGGUUACUGUGGUCUCUCCUGCUAAAAGAACCAUAUAUAGUGUUGCUUUUUGUUGUUUCAUCUCUCUUUUUAUUUUUAAAUUGUUUCAUCUCUUUUUGAUAAACGGUUUUAUCAUUUUCAAGUUAGUUGACAUAAUCGUUGCAACAUCGACUUUGCGGAUAUCACCAUUUGCAUAGUA